ACAAUACUUAUCAAUUACUAACAUUAGCGAUGAGCAAACGUGUCUUCAUUCAGCAUUACAAGAGCAAUCAAACUCCUUUCCCUUGCGUAUGAAUCCUGGACAAUUGUCGACGCCCUUGAGCUAUGUUAUCUUCGUUCCGUCGGUUCGGCCGAUUUGGGAAGUUGCCAACUAGAGCCGUCUUUCAACCCUACGCCAAAAUGAGCGGGUCAUCUCUAACUGAGCCGUUCGAAGAGGAGCAGCUUUCCUGGUACAAAGCCGAUCGGUUUUACCCUGUGCACAUAGGAGAGAUACUGAACGCGAAAUACAAAGUCAUUGGUAAACUUGGCUGGGGUGCCUAUUUCACAACAUGGCUUUGUCGCAACAUUCUAGACUCAAGCUUUACUGCGGUGAAGGUCGGUACAAGGGAUGUGGAUCGGCCCAAAAGCUUUGAUAGAGAAGUGAAGUUCUACGAGCGUGUCAACUCCUUGGCUACCGAUCAUGCUGGCUCCGCGUGCAUUCGUGGCCUUCACGAGGUCUUUAAGCUCAGCGGACCGACAGGAGACCACCUAUGUCUCGUACAGCCUCCAAUGCACAUGACGAUGCGCGAACUGCAGCAACGAAAUUCCUCUCGAAGGCUGAAUGAGCAACUCCUCAAGUGGACUCUCUUCAAUCUGUUGCACGCGCUUUCGUUCCUUCACGACGAAGUGGGAGCUGUCCAUACAGAUAUCAGUCCCUCCAACAUCAUGUUCACUAUCAGCGAUGAGUCACUCCUCACCGAAUUUGAACGUGCCGAAGCAGAAGACCCGUCACCUGUUAAGGUGAUUGACAGCGUCCGCUCGAUCUACGCCUCUCGAAAAUUUGGUCUUCCGAAAGAUCUACUGUGGGGUCAACCUGUGCUUUGCGAUUUUGGAGAGACGCGUCUUGGGCUACUCCACAAGGGACCUAUUCAGUCUGAUUUGUACCGCGCACCCGAGGUGUUAUUUGAUAUGGAGUGGACUACAAGCGUUGACAUUUGGAGUGUUGCAACACUUGCGUGGGACCUCUUUGAGAAUCGGCAAUUAUUCCAUGCUCUAAACGCGAAGAAUCAGACAUCAGCUACUCGUCACAUAGCUGAGACGGUCGCAUAUCUCGGCUGUCCUCCUCUAGAGUACAUACAGAGAAGUCCUAUCACCUCUAAGGUCUUUGACGAAAGAGGGUCCUGGAGAGGCGCUGGGAAUACCUCCAUACCGCCGAUAACUCUUGAGCAAGCCGAGAUUGUGCUAGAGGGUCGUAGCAAAGAGGAAUUCCUCGCUUUCAUCCGCUCAAUGCUCAAAUGGUUACCGGAGGAAAGGCUGACUGCUGCGGACCUUCUGAAACAUUCCUGGAUGAUAGAUGCCAUUCCGAAGUCAGAAUAAUUAUAGACAUAUGCAAGCAAUAUUUUGAUAGUCUGCAC